GGUUGGAUAGUAGGACGGGAUCGGUUGUCCUAGGGAACUCUCAACCAAAGGUAGGAAGCUCGAGACAAUUUUGGGACAUUUGGUACCUCCUCAUCAGUUCCGCUUUCCUAUUAAAGCAUCGCCAACCUCCCCGACCGAGAAAUUUGCCCUCAUUGUCGCUCACCCAGCCGCUGGCCUCUCGCCUACUAGUAUCUUCCUCUUAGAAUUUUCACCUUCGUACUACUACCAUCGAUUCCGGUUUACAAUCGAGGAAGCAUGGCCACCAUCGGCGCCAUAGCUGCGCGCCAAUUCUCCAUCAAGCCUGCAACCGUGACUACAGACUCCGUCGAGCAGGAAUCCGUCAUCGUCAUGCUCCCUGACGGCUCCGUUCGCAUUUUCGACGACUCAUCAAAGCAGACCGGCGAGGAAUUCACGGCGCAGAUCAUCCUAUCCGCGUAUCCCAACAUGCACCUCACAUCGAUCGUAUCCGUCGUGUCUCCUACCACCCCGCUCGUUCCGGGAGAAACCUAUUUUCUCGCGCCGAAGUGUGCCGCGCCGCCUUCCACUCGUCCGCCGUUGACCCCGCCUCGCGCCGUCUCUCGCAGCGCCUCGUCCCCAUUUCUCCCCGGGCCGCCGGCCCGGAGCCUCCGAACCGCGUCCCCGAGUGACAGAAUUCCGCUAGUGCGCAACGUGCGUCGGGAUUUACAGGCGGCGGUUGAGACGGUUACAAGGGUCUCGUCGCCAGGAUGCAGCAAUGUGCGAAGCGAACGUGAAAAAAACAUCGCCGAGUCGGAGUUCGGUUUCGUCGCGCGAACAAAAGCUGGUAGAAGCCGAUGCAGCAGCUUCUGUUCGGCCCGAGGCGGAGAGCUCGAGGAGGAGGAGGAUUCGACGGAGCAGCGCGGACUGUACAAGUCAAAUACUUAUAGCGGGAGGCAUAACCUGAAAAACGGCACUGGCUCGUUACAUGCAUGUUUUGCGACGCGUGGUAACGAGUUGUCGCCACUCCGUGGCGAGAGUCGCCGAAGCCGAACGUCGUCCAACUACUCGUCGCCAGCGUCGCCAGCGUCGCCAGCGUCGUCCGUGUCGAGUGUUACUAGCCAGCGUAGCGAGCACAAGUUGCCUCCAUCCCCCCUCGCGACUCCGAAUCCUACCCUCGCUGAGAUUUCUGCACUUGACGAGGAAAUCUAUAUCGCGGACGUCCCGCCCAGCCUACCAGCGGCAGCCACCACCACUUCUCCGCCUUCCGCCACCGAAGGCUCAUCUAUCAAAGCUAAAGUUCUCGCAACGCUCGCGGAAUUAAAGCCCCGCAAUUUACGGCGGUUCACUUCCGCCGGGAAGAAACUGCAGUCCGCAUCUGCCGCCGCCGAUGGCGCUGACGCCAAGGCGGCGAUGCCCCACAGCGCGUCCGAGUCAGCGCAGGGCUCGGCUGACGCGGACAGCCGGCUAUUCAUGAUGACGGACACACGGAUUGGGCACCGGCAGCCGCGAACCGGCGGCGGCAGCGCACGCGCAGGGUACUCGCAGCAAGGCGUCGCAUGGGCAGCCCCGUCGCAGAUCACUUGGAGCGACACAGCGUGCGACCAAUACGAGAGUCGCACAGUUACCGUGCGACCUGGUGCGGAUUUCGCCUCCCGUCAAACUCUACGCUCACCGUCGUUCACUACGUCGUUCAGCACCGAGCUCGACGUUCCGCUUUCGUCGAGCAUUUGCCGGAAUUGCAAUGGCAUGAGCAACUGCUGCUCCUGCGAAGUGCAAUACGUUGCCUGACAUACUCGUGCGACCAGCCUCCGUGCGUUGCGGCGCGCCGCAGCCGUCACAAAGCUCCACUUGGCGACGGAGCCCUGCGACAGCGCAGAGGCUAGGGGAAAACAGGAGGCGAAGCGCAACAGACGACAACGUGUCCGUCAUGCCGCCAGUAGGGCAGAGGUUUCUGUCUGGGCCCUGGGCACCGCGCGUCAUUUUCUAGGCAUCUCUAAAUCUGGGCAGAAAGGCGCUCCCUUUGAUGAGAUCAAUCCCUCCCUGAUCCUCGGUUUUGUUUCUAGCUGCAGCGGCAUGUUUGGGAUUCGCGAAAGCCAUAAUCUGCUGCAGCAGCUAUGUGUACUAUAUUGAGUUGUCACUUUGUGUAGUGCACUGAGUUGCUAA